CGCGAACGAAAGACCGCUCGCGCGCGGACGCCGAUGUCGAACCACCCGAGCGUGGCGUGGAGCGCCGCGCGCGUGGCGCUGGGCGUGCUGUUUUGGGAGGGACAAUUUCAGAUCUCGAAACAAUGCUUUGCGAAGAGAUUGCCGGAGACGAGCGAGAAGGAACGGACGUAUAAACGCGCGGUGAGCUCGUACAUCGUGUCGUUCGUGCACGCGUUUUUCUUGACGUGGGCGGGGUGGAGGAUCGUGUUUAAACUGCGACUGGGGAGCGUGGCGGAACGACUGUCGCUGUACGCCAACGCGGACGCGUCCUUCGUGGGAUUCGUCGAGGUCGUGACGAUCGCGUUUUUUAGUUACGUGGUGUAUGAUUUGUUACACGUGAUUGAACAGUACCCAGAUUUGGGAGGCGUGGAUAUCUUGGCGCAUCACUUGGGGUUUUUCACCGCGUCGCUGUUGGCGUACGCGUACGGGGCGUAUCCUUUCAUGUUGGGGUGGUUGUGCACGUGCGAGACGUCGACGCCCAUACUCAACACGCGGUUUUUCAUCAAGUCGUGGCGAGAGAUGGAGUACACGCUACCGAAUAUCGAUGCCUUGGCGAAAUUUUUCGGGAUGAAGACACGAGGCGUGGUGGCUGGCAACUGGCUCGAGUAUUACGUGAGCGUGGCGUUUUUGUGGGUCUUUGUUGCCGUACGCGUGGUGGGUUACGGUGGCGCCUUGAUCGCGUUGACGUUUGAUUUGAAGUCAGUGGAGGAUAAUUACAUCCCGUACCCCGUGCGGGCGACGCUGUACGCACUCACGUGCUGUGGAUUUGUACUCAACGCCGUCUGGACGUACAAGAUUUACGGGAUGGUCAAGCACUUUCGCCGAAAGACGUUGAAGCAGCGCGACGCGUGCGAAGAGCCGAUCAGCGACAGCGAAGAGGAAGAUCCCUCGGUCCAAAAGCGAAGUUAGUAUUUUAGCGUGUUUGGGUUGGCGAUGAUGUAAACCG